CUUUUCAUCUCCUCUGCCAACAGACCUCUGUUCCAAUGGAACUAAUGCAGUUCAUCAAAUGUCUGCUUAGAAGUACUGUUUAAUUUUCCCUUUCUUAAUCUUGCCCCCUUUCUCUAAGCUGCAUCCUAACAGCCUUUUUUCCAGCUUGUAAAGUUACGAAAACUUGGGCUUAGUGACAAUGAAAUUCAGCGACUUCCUCCAGAGAUAGCCAACUUCAUGCAGCUGGUAGAACUUGAUCUGUCUCGAAAUGAUAUUCCUGAGAUUCCUGAAAGCAUCUCCUUUUGCAAAUCACUACAGAUAGCAGACUUCAGUGGAAAUCCACUCACCAGGUUGCCUGAAAGCUUUCCUGAACUGCAGAGUCUAACAUGUCUCUCUGUAAAUGAUAUCUCCUUGCAAGCAUUACCUGAAAAUAUUGGAAACCUUUAUAACCUGGCAUCACUGGAAUUAAGAGAGAACUUGUUGACAUACUUACCUGAGUCAGUUGCUCAGCUGCAGAGGCUAGAAGAGCUGGACCUAGGGAACAAUGAACUUUAUAAUUUGCCAGAAACUAUAGGUGCACUUUAUAACCUUAAAGACCUCUGGCUGGAUGGAAACCAGCUGGCUGAAUUACCUCAGGAAAUAGGAACCCUGAAAAACCUGCUGUGUCUGGAUAUUUCUGAAAACAAACUGGAAAAGCUACCUGAAGAAAUAAGUGGUCUGACGUCUUUGACUGACCUGCUCAUCUCUCAGAAUCUUCUUGAGGUGCUACCAGAUGGCAUAGGAAAAUUAAAAAAACUAUCCAUCUUGAAGGUUGACCAGAAUCGGCUUGUUCAGUUACCGGAAGCAGUAGGAGACUGUGAAAGCCUUACUGAAUUAGUUCUCACAGAAAACCAGCUGCUAACCAUGCCCAGGAGUAUUGGAAAGCUAAAGAAGCUGAAUGUAUUGAAUGUGGACAGAAACAAACUAGUGUCUUUACCCAAAGAGAUUGGAGGAUGUUGCAGCCUAAACGUUUUAUCGGUACGGGACAAUCGGUUGUCUAGGAUUCCUCCUGAGAUAUCACAAGCUACAGAACUUCAUGUCCUUGACGUUGCUGGAAAUAGGUUGCUACAUCUUCCCAUGUCACUGACUAGCUUGAAGCUGAAAGCGUUGUGGUUGUCUGACAACCAGUCCCAGCCUUUGCUUACGUUCCAGACGGACACAGACCCUGAAAUUGGAGAAAAGAUUUUAACAUGUGUUUUACUUCCUCAGAUGCCUUCUGAGCCUGCUUGCCAAGAUAACCUGCCACGAUGCGGUGCACUGGAGAGCUUGGUAAAUGAAAUGUCAGAUGAAACAUGGAAUGAACGGGCAGUAAACAGAGUUAGUGCAAUCCGCUUUUUAGAAGAUGAAAAAGAUGAAGAGGAUAACGAAAUGGAGUCAGUGAAAUGGGUCCCCAAGUCUCCUAAGCUACAUGGCAGCCACAACUGGAACUCCCAAGGCCAUCGCUGGGGUUCUCUGAAAGGGAAGGAGAAUGCACCAGGAGGCACCCUAUACAAACUGAGCUCUGCCAAUGAAAAAUGGAAAGAAGGACGCAUCAGUCCUGAACAGGAAGCUGAGGAGCUGGAAGAUCCUGACGAGGAUGAGCCCAUCUCCAAAUUCUCUGGGAGUCUUUUUGACUCUAGUGAUAACAUCCGGGAUCAAAGAACCCCUAGAGCUGGUCUUCAGCAGGAGAAGCAGAAAGCAGGACCAAAGGGAAAACCCUUUGCAGCAGCUGGCAACAGACAGCCGGUUCCACCAGAAGCCACAAACAGCACCCUAGUAGAUGAUGGCAAGUUUUCAAAGGAGAACAAGGACCAAGGCCCAGGAGCUGCAGAUGCCACCCAGCCGCCUUUGAAGAUAACGAUUACUGUGUGCAGUCAAAUGGGGAGUCUUGGUAUUAGCAUUGCUGGUGGAAAGGGCUCAUCUUCAUGUAAAGAAAAUGAAGAGGGAAUUUUAAUCGCACACGUAUCCAAAGACAGCCCAAUAGACGUGGCUGUAGUGCCAUCUGAAGACAAAGUGUUGGAGGAUGCCCUUAUUUCAGAAGCCAGCACACCCGACUCUGGUCCUGUUGAGGAACCAUCUAAAAGUGGCCCAUUCCAGAAGAUAAAUCAUGUUAUAACAAUACCUCGUAUCAUUCUAACACGUCCUUCCACAUCAGAUGAAGAUACCGACCAGCUAACACAGGAUCCUGACGAUCUUGAGCUAGAGGAGACAGAAAACACUGAAAGCCACCUCUAUUCAGACUGUUUAAACAAUGCUUUUUACCCUCCUUAA